AUGACUCCUGCAUCAUCAUCGGCAUCAACAGCGCUGCCAGGUUGCAAACGAACCUCGCUACGAAUCAACCCAAAAACUCUGCGGAUUCCCGUAUCGGGUUCAUCUUGUCACAUUAAUCUACUCUUAUCGAUAUCCAAUUCCAAAUGUCUUUUUAAGACCAAUAAUUUAGGUCUCUGUUCUUCCAGGCGAUUCUUCACUACGAAAAGGUCUCAAGAUUUGCUUUGUGUUCUUUCAUUGUUCAUUGAAGGCUGUUUUCAAUCAAGAGCAAGUUAUAAAAUGGAUGUCCCUAGUGAUGGAGCUAUAUCAGAGACACAAUUACAGAGUCCUAAUGGAAGUGAAAAAUCUCAAGGUUCAUGUCUAUGGGCAUCUCCUGAUGGAGGCCAAAAGAUUGAAAUUGGCAAACAUAUUUUUUGUAACAGAGCUGUGAAUAUGAAAAACAUAGUUGCUGUUGGAUUUGAUAUGGAUUAUACACUUGCACAAUACAAGCCUGAAACUUUUGAAUCCCUUGCAUAUAAUGGCACAGUGAAAAAGUUAGUCACUAACUUGGGAUACCCUAAUGAGUUGCUUGAUUGGUCUUUUGAUUGGACUUACAUGGUGAGAGGAUUGGUACUUGAUAAAAAAAGAGGAAAUAUAUUGAAGAUGGACAGACAUAAAUAUGUGAAAGUGGCAUAUCAUGGAUUUAGGUUAUUGUCAAAAGAUGAAAAAGUUGCUACAUAUGGCAACACUUUGCUUGUUGACUUUAAGGAUAAUAAUCCAGGAAAAAUCUCAGAAGAAAAAGACUAUUUUCGAAUGUACAGAGAUGUGAGGGCUGCUGUGGAUCUCUGUCAUCGUGAUGGAACUUUGAAGCAGAUGGUUGCAAAUGAUCCCAAAAUGUACAUCAAUGAAGACAACUCAUUAGUCCCAAUGCUACAGAUGCUUAGAAGUUCUGGUUUUGCUGUAUUCUUAGUGACAAACAGUCUUUGGGACUACACAAAUGUUGUGAUGAAUUUUCUAUGUGGGCCCCAAAAAGUCAACGGAAGCUCCUUGUUGACUCUUGACUGGCUCCAACACUUUGAUGUUGUCAUAACUGGCAGUGCAAAGCCGAAGUUUUUCCAAGAUGAAAACCGUGCUAAUCUUUUUGCUGUGGACACUGAUUCAGGGAUGCUUAUCAAUACUGAUAAUGGUAGUCCUAUGGCUCAGGUUGGAGCCUCUUCUGUGGAAGUGCCAGAUCAGCAGAUCCCAGAUAAAGGGUACAAAGUGUUUCAGGGAGGCAAUGUUGGCCAUCUGCAUAAGCUACUGAGUGUUGAAUCAAGUUCACAGGUUCUUUAUGUUGGAGAUCAUAUAUAUGGUGAUAUUUUGCGUAGCAAAAAAGUCCUAGGUUGGAGGACAAUGCUUGUGGUUCCAGAACUUGAAAAGGAAGUUAAACUUCUUUGGUUCUUACGAGACACUCGUAAGCAUCUUAUAUUGCUGAGGAGUGAGAGAGAUCAAAUUGAAGAUCAAAUCCAUCAUUUAAAAUGGUCCCUCCAGUGUGAGUGUAUGGAAGCUAAUGAAAUGGAAAAGAUGUCAUCAAAGCUUGAAUUGCUUGAGGCACAAUGUGAACGUGUUCGUGUAACACAUCAAGAGGCCCAAAAAGUUUUUCAUGAAAAGUUUCACACGGUGUGGGGCCAGCUAAUGAAAACGGGGUAUCAAAACUCACGAUUUGCUCAUCAAGUGGAACGAUUUGCAUGUCUUUACACAAGUCAAGUUGGGAAUUUGGCCUUGUAUUCUCCAUCUAAAUACUAUAGGCCAAGUGAAGACUUUAUGCCACAUGAGUUUGACCUCCUUUCUCUCUGAAGUCUCAAGUCUCAAACUCAACAAAUUUGCAUAUAUUUUAUGUUGUUUUACGUACAAGUUUUCCGUUUUUGCCCCCCUUAAUUUGUAACUAGUCACAUCUUGUUACUUACUGGGAAAGGUUAUGGUAUAUAUACAAUACAUACACUACACAAAAACUAUUUUAACACGUUUUCCUUGUGGUUGGGUCAAGGUCUUUGAUUAAACUCGUUACAUAUAUGCA